UCUGCGUUGCUGCCAGGCAGGUUCUUAUACCAAACACCCCAUCAGUAUGGAGGCCAUCGACAUCGAGCAUAACUUGGUUGUCGUGGACGAGUUCGACGCCCUGUACGUGCCGCCGCCAUCAUGUCUAUAAAUCACUCCGUCAACCUUCCCUACCUCCUCAACCUCUUCCCUCCCUACCAGAUGGACUCUUCGUCACAGCGUCGCAGGCUGAGAGACCUUCCUACGAUCUUGGUCCUCGCCAUGGGUGCGGUCUUGUCGAGUCUCCCGCUAACUCAGGUCUGCCGCAGUUUCGUCGACGUCAAUGUGGCGGACCCGGCCAAGGACGAACCCCCGAGGAAGUAUCCCGCAAAAUUGCACGCGAGGAAAGUAGCGGAAGCGCUCGGGGUUGAAAAUGGCAUCAUAUACUUACCAGGCCAGCUGGAGUCGACGUGGGAGGACUCCGAUCUGGGACCGCCAUUCCGGCAGCGCCGAUAUUUCUUCUACUUGAGCGGGAUCAGCUUCCCGGGCUGUAGCAUCACAUACGACAUCGCCGCUGACAAGCUGACGCUGUGGGUCCCCUACACGCCUCCCGCCACCGUUCUCUGGUUCGGCACGACGCCGACGCCGGAGGACUGCCUGGCCCUGUCGGACGUGCACGACGCCAAGUAUGCGUCGGAGCUGCCAGCUUACCUCAACGCGCGGCUACCGACCGCCGGGACGCUGUACGCGCUGCGGCCGGCCCAGCUGCCCAAGUUUGAGGGGUUCGAUCAGAUGCGACCGCUGCUCAAGGUAGACACAGCAUCGCUGCAACCGGCGAUGGACGACGCGCGGGUGAUCAAGACGGAGCACGAGGUGGCCAUGAUCCGACGGGCGUGCGAGGUGACGGCGGCGGCGCACCGCAAGGUAGCGACGCUCGCGUACGGCAUGAAGAACGAGUGCGAGAUCGAGGCUGCGUUCGUGGCAGCGUGCACGGCGCAGAACGCGCACGUGCAGUCGUACCCCGUCAUUGCUGGCGCCGGCGCCAACGCGUCGACGCUGCACUACGAAGCGAAUAGCGCGCCUCUCGCAGGCAAGUAUCUCGCCGUUAUCGACGGCGGCGCCGAGUGGUCGUGCUACGCGAGCGACGUGACGCGGACGCUGCCGCUCGGCUCCCGGUCUCGCUUCUCGGCCGAGGCGCGUGCCAUCUACGACCUCGUGCACCGCAUGCAGGACGAGUGCAUCAAGCUCGUGCGGCCCGGGGUGCUGUUCCGUGACCUCCAGCUUCAUGCCACCAUGGUCGCCGUCGAAGGCCUGCUCAAGCUCGGCGUGCUGCGCGGCGGCACCGCCGAGGAGAUAUUCCGCAACGGCACCGGCGCCGCGUUCUUCCCACACGGCCUCGGCCAUCACGUCGGGCUCGACGUUCACGACGUCCUUAGCAAAGACCUCCUCCGGCCCGCCGGCGAAGGCAUGUGGGGGAAACGGAGGCCCAUCGGGCCCCAAUCGGUGCGGGCUAUGAUCAAGCAGGCCGACAGUGACGCGGCCGCAGCUGCAGCAGCUACUUCUUCUCCCUCGUCACCCCGCCCAGGACCGGCGUCAUCGCGCGCCCCGUCCCCUCCGUCCCGCUCAUCCGCCUCCUCUCCGGCUCCGCCCCCGCUCCCGCGGCGCGCCUCCGCAUCAUCGGUAUCCUCGUCGCCGACGCGACGUCCGGCGCUCAACGGGAAGCCCUCAUUCUCGACCAUGCACGGCGUCGUCGGUGGCAUCCUCUCCCACCACAGCAACCAUAACCCCAACCCCAGUUCGAGCCACAUCCCCAACAACAGCAACAACAACGGCAGCAGCAUCAACGGCAACGGCCACGCCGCCUCGCCCUCGCCCUCGGCACCGCCUCUACCUUCUAGGAAGCUCCAGGAGAAGCUCCUGCGGUCGGCACGGACGUACCGCAACGUGAGCGCGGCGAUCACGCCGAGCAACGCGGCCGGCUCGGCCAACGGCAGCAGCGCGGGCACGGGCAAGAAGUUCCCGCCGCGGGCGCGGCUCGAGCCAGGGAUGGCGGUGACGGUGGAGCCGGGCAUCUACUUCUGCCGGCAGUACAUCGAGGCGUACUUCCUCGGGCGCGAGGAGCACGCGCGGUACAUCGACGCGGCGGCGCUCGAGCGCUUCUGGGCCGUCGGCGGGGCCCGCGUCGAGGACGUGGUGCUGGUCACGGCGGACGGCGCCGAGGUGCUGACCGCCGCUGCCCCCAAGGGCGACGCCCUGCUGAAGCUCAUGGGGUUCGGAUGACUAGCCGACCGCUGGUUCGACUGGCGGAUCUUUGGAAGGAGAAGGGGGACGAGGGGGAGGUGAAAGGGGAGAGGGACGAGGGGUGGUGAAAGGGAAGGGGGACGAGGAGAAGGGGAAGGGGAAGAGGAAGAGUGGAGGAGGGAGAGUAUAUAUGCAGCAAGUUUGUCCUGAAGGGGGAGAGAGUGCAAGAGAAAAGGAGAGGAGGAUAGGAGGGCGAGAGGGGGAGGGGGAGGUAUCGUCAUCGCGUACGAUGGGAUCAUGCUUUGAAGCAUGCAACGUGCAUAUACACCACCGCACAACACACACACACACACACACACACACACAUCUGGGUCAUCACGGCGUUGGUAUGGAAAGGCAAGGACAGGGGUCAAGGAAGGGCAAAGGGAGGAGGAUUCUGUCACAAGAGAACGAAUGAAUCUUAUUUAGGACACUGGCCCCUGAUCACACACACACACACACAUACACAUACACGCAUAUAUAUAGACGAGUUGCAGUUUGGAAAACAGGUUAGUUCUAUAGGUACAAAUCGAC